UAAGUUGGAACAUCGAACCCAUUUAAAUGAUUGCGUAUUUGAUUAACUAUUAAAAACAAAAAUAAUAUUUUGGUGACGCAAACGCACCUAUUGUUAAGACAGCUGGUCUUGACAACUUAAAAAAACAAAAGAGAACUUGGCAAGGUACUGUGAAAUAAUAAACAAUGAAAAUUGCGGCUGUUUGAAAUAUAUUCAAUAAAAGAUAGAUGCAAUUAAAACAUGAGACGUUCCAAGGCACCAUCGGAGUUAAAAAAAGCAAAACGUUUUUGUAGUUCUAAAGAUCAUGGUAAUGAUUGUAAAGACGCUGGUCAUAGUUCAGAUCCCGAGGACGAAAAAUACAAUUGGGGUUCUGGAAAUCAUAAUGGUGAAAUUAAAACGAACAAUAAUGAAAACAAACGAAUUUUUAAUAUAGUGUGGCGCGAUAUAUCUAAUAAGAAACAUAAAACUUGGAAGGGGGAUGGAACGCUGGAGGUCAGUAAUUUAACAACUAAAGCUAUUUUAAGAGAUGAAACUGGGAAAUAUAUGGGUUGUUCAACAAAAUUUAAUAGAAGUGAUAUAGCUCCAGAUUUUCAGAUGGUUAUAGGAGGUAAAGAAAUUGAAAUACAAAAUGAAAUCAAGGGAGAAGAUGAAUUGCUGGAACUCCGUAAGAGACAGGUUCGUAAUCGCAACUGGGGUGAGGAAGAAUGGAUUUCUCCAGAAGAUUUGGCUGAGGAUGCAAAAAAACCCAAAGGAGGUUUUAAAUUUAAACCCAUUUUAACAUUAAGACCCCCAGAAGUACCAUCAAGUGUACAAUUUAAAGAAAAUGAUAAAUCUGAUUGGGAAAAGAAUGAUUAUCAAAAGCCGAGCGUUUCCAAAUGCUACAACGAAUCUUCAUUGCGGACUUAUGGAAAUAAUGAUUCAUGUAAAGAACUCCUAUGUUUUAUAAGAGCUUCAGAGUUGCAACAAUUCCUUUUCCUAAAAGCAUUCGAGUACUAUUCAUCAGUAAAACCAAAAUUAACAUUGGAAAAUAUCAAAUCGCUUGAUAUAUUUAAUAUUUUAAAACACAUUUGUAAUCAUCCUUCCUUUAUCAAUAAUAAUUCUAGUACAAAUGAAUUAAUGCGUCAUCUACAACCCACUCUACCGGAUUGGUCCGAAAUGGGUCCUUUCGAUUCGGGUAAAUUGGAAUUUGUUCAGUAUUUUUUAUCAGACCUAACAAAGUUGAAGCCUCAAAAUUGCAUUAUUAUUGCGAAAAAUGCAAAUGUCCUAAAUAUGCUGCAAGGUUUAUGUAAUUUUAUGAAUAUUCAAUGUUUUCGCUUACAAACAAAUAUUUCUAAAGAUACCACCAAUGAAGAUGUUAUAAAUGAAUUUUGUUCUACUAAAAAGAUGAUAAGCCAAGUUUUACUAGUAAAUUCGAUGGAAGAUAUUAAUAAUUUUAAGAUUUCCACUUACUGUAAAAAAAUUAUAGUUUUUGAGGAUGUUUUAAAAUAUAUGAACAUUUUUAACACGGUGAAUGAUUUCCAAGAUACUGUUGUAUACUAUUUGGUAACUGCAUUUUCGAUUGAAGAAUUAAUACUUGUUGAUAAAAAUCUAGAAACUGACGAGGAGAGACUAUUGGAACGUUUAGAAGAAUUGGUAAAUAUAUCAAAUAUGGACAAUGAUUGUUGUUAUCUACAUACGAAAAUUGAAUGUAAUUGCUUUAAAGUAACAGAAGAAAGUGUUAUUAAAAGCGAUAUUACAUUUGCAAAGGAAUGGCAACAUUUUAAGCAUCCUUUUAAUAUGGAACUUUUAAAGAUGUCUUUCUUGGAAAACUCGGCGGAAAAUAUUGUUUCAAUUUUUUAUAAAAAUCAUAAGAAGUAAAUAAAACUGAUCUUUAUUUAUUAAAUUCA